CGUGUUUCUAGAGUCGGCUCCGGAUCGACGCCUACAAGAUUUGUGAAAGGAGAUUUUAAGUAAAGCCUUGUGAAGAACUUGAGGCCAAAAAGGGAGGUGAGGAGACUCUGAUCCCAUACCUUUAGGCAGAGGAAACAGCCCUCUUCUAGGUUGACAAGAGUUCCCCGAGAUUAGAGGCCCCGAAGGGGCAGGCAUCCUCCCAGCUACCCCAGGAAUGUGGUCGUGAGGCAGAGCCCACAGCUUUUCGGAAGAAAAGUAGUCCUGGGCCAUGGCCCAGGUCAGCAUCAACAGUGACUACAGCGAGUGGGCCUCCAGCACUGAUGCUGGGGAGCGGGCCCGUUUGCUACAAAGCCCCUGUGUGGACGUGAUCCCCAAGAUGGAGGGGGAGGCGUCUCCUGGAGAUCCAGACAGUGGCACCACUUCGACGCUUGGAGCGGUGUUCAUCGUGGUCAAUGCCUGCCUCGGUGCAGGUCUGCUCAACUUCCCAGCAGCCUUCAGCACUGCUGGGGGCGUGGCAUCGGGCAUCGCCCUGCAGAUGGGCAUGCUGGUUUUCAUCAUCAGCGGGCUGGUCAUUCUGGCCUACUGCUCUCAAGCCAGCAAUGAGAGGACCUACCAGGAGGUGGUGUGGGCCGUGUGUGGCAAGCUGACUGGUGUGCUGUGUGAGGUAGCCAUUGCAGUCUAUACCUUCGGAACCUGCAUCGCCUUCCUCAUCAUUAUUGGGGACCAGCAGGACAAGAUUAUAGCUGUGAUGUCGAAGGAGCCUGGUGGGACCAGCAGCAGCCCCUGGUACACAGACCGCAAGUUUACCAUCAGCCUCACUGCCUUCCUCUUCAUCCUGCCCCUGUCCAUCCCCAAGGAGAUCGGCUUCCAGAAAUAUGCCAGCUUCCUGAGCGUCGUGGGCACCUGGUACGUCACCACCAUUAUAAUCAUCAAAUACAUCUGGCCAGAUAAAGAGAUGUGCCCUGGGGACAUCCUGACCAGACCAGCGUCCUGGAUGGCUGUGUUCAACGCCAUGCCCACCAUCUGCUUUGGAUUUCAGUGUCAUGUGAGCAGUGUCCCCGUCUUCAACAGCAUGCGGCAGCCUGAAGUAAAGACCUGGGGCGGAGUGGUGACAGCCGCCAUGGUGAUAGCUCUGGCUGUCUACAUGGGCACAGGCAUCUGUGGCUUCCUGACUUUCGGAGCUGCUGUGGAUCCCGACGUGCUCCGGUCCUACCCCUCAGAGGACGUGGCUGUGGCCGUGGCCCGAGCCUUCAUCAUCCUGAGUGUGCUCACCUCCUAUCCCAUCUUGCACUUCUGUGGGCGGGCUGUGGUGGAAGGCCUGUGGCUACGCUACAAGGGGAUGCCAGUGGAGGAGGACGUGGACCGGGAGCGCCGGCGCCGGGUCCUGCAGACGCUGGUGUGGUUCCUACUGACCCUACUACUGGCCCUCUUUAUCCCUGACAUUGGCAAAGUCAUCUCAGUCAUCGGAGGCCUGGCAGCCUGCUUCAUCUUCAUCUUCCCAGGGCUGUGCCUCAUUCAAGCCAAACUAUCAGAAAUGGAAGAGGUCAAACCUGCCAGCUGGUGGGCACUGGUCAGUUAUGGAGUCCUUCUGGUCACCCUGGGAGCCUUCAUCUUCGGCCAGACCACAGCCAAUGCCAUCUUUGUGGACCUCUUGGCCUGAACACUGCUUCCCCCAAAAACAUGUGACCAGAGGCAUCUCUCAGAGCUGUGGAGCUGCCCAAGUCCCACGUCCUGUCCCAGCUAGUGAGAUGACACAUGGACACCUUUUCCCGUGGACAGUCAGGAGACAAUCAGCCACAAAUCUGUGGACAGCUCCCGCCCAGCUGCCUUGCUUCCCAAUGGAGGUCUCACAUCACAGGAGCUUCCCCUUUGUCCGGCUCUCAACUUCAAGGCUUUGAGACUUGAGAAUGGAGAGGGUCAGUGGGUCUCGGAAGAGAGAGUCUAUUCUGACUUCCCUCUGGAAAAAAAAAACAAAAACAUAUAUGCAUAGGGCUGGCAUCCUCCGUGGAACAUGUCAGUACUGUGCUCAGUACCUCGGGGUUUAGUGCCUGCCCAUGUCUCUCAGAAGCCAGUGAUAGCUUCUCCUGGGACCUGGCAGCUUCCAAAGGAGAUGCUGACGUCAUAUAAAUGUCCAUUCCUCUCUUGGUCCCCUAUGAGUCUCUGGUAGCUUCCCAAGUCCUGACUACCCUGACUUUGUCCAAACCUAAUGGUCCAUGUUGUGUAUGCUUCUGCUGUGUUCCCAGACAUCACCAAGUCUAAUGUUUACAAAAGGUGCCAGCCUGGCUCCAGAGCUCGGGGCUGCCAUGUCAUGGUGCUGUGAGCACUCCUCCGUUAGUGUUUUGCGUGGGCAGAGAGUCUAUUGUCUUUUUGAGAUUCUAGAUAGGUCUGUCUUUUCAGAGGCUGGGGUAGGGCCUUUCAGAUUAUCCUGCCAGGCUGGGCUGCCCAAGGUCCAGGUGACGUCCCAGCUCCAUUGCUUCACUCCUCUUCACACACUUCAAGCCUGUCCCCUCUCUUCCCCUGCUAAACCUAGCCCUAGAACCCAGAAAGAAGUUAGACUGAGGACCCUGGAUAUUUUCCUUGUUGUCUCCAUCUUCCCCCAUUCCCACACUCCCAUCCCUCUCCCUCAACCCUACCUCUUUCUUCAUACGUGGGUUUUGUUAUUUGGCCGGGGGAGAGGGGGAGGAUGUCACCAAACCCUGUCACACUAGUUUGCCUGGCUCUACAGAUCUGUCAAGCUUGGCCUUUGUGCCUAGGAAUCCUGCUGAGUCAUAUCCACCCCAGGUGAGGUCAGCCUAGACACUUCUCUAUCUUGACUGCCCUAGCCUCGAACCCACCUCUGCUCAUUUUUCUAAGUCCCAGGUACAGAACUGGUCUUUCUAAGUCUAUUCUAAAACACCUAUCCUAGGAGCAAAAGGGACCCUUACCAACAGACCCCACCCCCCACCCCAACUCAGGCAGGAGGCUGUUGAGGCAGGAGGCUCAGUGUCCAGACUUGCUGGAUUGUUCUUUUCCCAUCCAUCCCUGGUACUUCUGCUCCUGCUACACUGUUUAACCCUACAAGCCUCCAAGUGCAGCCUUUCACAGUGGCCAGUCAUAAAGUUGGGCAUAGCACAGAGACAGGCUAGCUGGGACCCUUGGCUAGAACCCAGCUUCAGCUUGACCUCAGGAUCCCCUUGCUCUCCCUCCUUUGCCCUCUGUAUCCAUUUUCUUGCUGGUUCUUUUCUAAAGCACACUUGGAGACGUGAAGUAGUUAAUAAAAGGACUUACACUGCUAAA